ACUUUCUUUCAAAAUCUGUCCUAUAAAACAAAAUAUAAUAUUAUUUUUUAAUAAAAAUAAAAAAUUAAAUAAUUAAUAAUUACGCACCAUGCCAAAUCUAGAUAUCUUUAAGCGAACCUGUACAAAGGUUCUCCAAGUGUGGAAAGAAGUAGAUGUUACCCAAUCCGAAGUUGACGACGAACCAGACGAGGAACCUGAGGCUGAAGAAGAGCAGCUCGAGGAGUUCACACUGGACGAAGAACUGGAUUGCUGCAAAGUUAUGGCCGAAUUGGAGUGCAUGAAACGGCGCAUACAAAAACUACAGCUUCGUCUCAAGACGGAUGAUGUCUGCGAGGCAGAACCUUGCAUUAAUUUUGAGAUUGAAUUGAAUUGCUCUAAUAAUCCGGAAAUCUGUGCGCUACAAAAGAAUCAUCACAAAUUACAAUGCCAAAUCAGUGAGCUCAUACGUUGUUGCAAUGUAGCCAAGGAUCAAAUAGAAGAGUUGCGUGCACGUAUGUGCCAGAAGUCACGCGAGAUUCUAGACCUGCAGAAGGCAGUGUGUCUAUUGGAGACUUGGCGGAAUAAAUUACAACAUGAAUUCGGAGUCUGCUAUGAACGUUUUCAAUACUUAAAGCACGUGAAAGCCGAAUGGGAAGAUGUGGAAAAGAAGAUUGAAGAACAGAAGCGUUGCUAUAAAGAGUUGGAAGACAGUUUUGUGCCGAAAGUGUGCUUCUUGAGGGAAAAACGUCAAUUUAUUGAUGAAAUUGAGGAAUUGCGUGAACUGCUCCAGGAGAUGUUUCACAUGCAGACGGCGAGGGUCGAUACAUUAGAGCAACGUAUGGCCAGCAUUGAGGCGACUAUGAAAUGAAAACGGGGAAAUAUUAAAUUGUAGAAGUAGUGAUGCAUUUUUUCUGCAUCAAAAUUAUAUUAGAUACAUUUUUUGAGUUUUUUUUUUUUUGCUCUUUAAGCUACUCGCAACAAAAUCAAAUUUCCCGCACUAAUUAAAUUCUGCUGGGAUUAAAAAUACUUAGAGCGCUUAAUCUAAUUUGCCUGCCUCAUCAGCUAGCGCGGUCAGUGGAGGAAUUACUUACAACAUUUCAAUUAGGUCGAAAUUUAUUUAGCAGCACUUAAUGCCACUUUAUACAGCGCAUUUCACUCAGCAUUCGGUCUACUUGAAGUAGUAAUUUUCAUUCAGCCGUAACAACUUUCACAAUAAAAUUUAAUUUUUUCUCUUCCUCAGCAUUUAAUUGCGCCCAUUUUA